AUGCCCCCCAUCCUCUCCCGCUCGGAGCCCAAGCUCCCGAAAUUUCCCCAACCCAAGCCCAAGCCCAAAUCGAGAUCGCCCGCGACCAAAUCUAGGGUUUCGCCUCCGCUCCGCAGGAUGUCCGAUCUGGCCGCCGUCGCGCCCGCCGCCUUCGCCGGCUCCGGUGCCAUCGUGCACGCCGGAGGCGGCGGCGCGUGGCCGCGCGGCGUCCGGUUCGGCGAGAUGGUCUGGGGCAAGGUCAAGUCCCACCCGUGGUGGCCCGGCCACGUCUACAGCAUCACCCUCACCAGCGACGGCGAGGUGCGCCGGGGCUACCGCGACGGGCUCGUCCUCGUCGCCUUCUUCGGAGACUCCAGCUACGGCUGGUUCGAGCCGCACGAGCUCCUCCCCUUCGAGGAGAACUUCCCGGAGAAGGCCGCCCAGGGCGGAGGCCGCAACUUCCCCACCGCCAUCUCCGAGGCGGCCGACGAGGUCGCGCGCCGCGCCGCCCUCGCGCUCCUCUGCCCCUGCCGCAGUCCCGACGCCUUCCGCCCCCACGAGGCCGACCCGAGGUACCUCCUCGUCGACGUGCCUGGGUUCGACACCGACGCCGAGUACCACCCCGACCAGGUGACGGCGGAGCGGGAGAAGAUCGCGCCGCGUGCGCUUCUGGACUACCUGAAGGGCGCCGCCUUGGAGCAGCGGGAUGCGGCCGACAAGGUGUGGAACCGCAACAUUCCGGCUGUCCAUAUGAGUGCCAUGCUUGAGGCCUACCGCCGAUCCAGAUUCGCGCUGAAAGACCCAACCUACGCCCAAGCUUUUGGGAUGGAUUACGAGAAGCUCCAAGCGGAGAAAGCAGCCGCGUUGAAGAAAGCUCGACAAGGCAAGACACGUGUUUGGUGGGACCGGAAAACGCAGGACGAACCCGCGGAUCUUGGCGAUUCUUCAAAUACUUCUGCAGGUCGGCCGGCGAAGGGCCGAAAGAAGGCGGCGGAGAAUCCCGGCCGCCGCCGGAAGGGCAGCGCGGGCAGCACGGCGGCGAGGAUCAUGGAGAAGAUUAUGCCCAGCGCGGCGGCGAUGAAGCCCAGGGCCAAGAAGAAGCAGGACCAGUACCUGCUCAAGCGCCGGGACGACGCGCGCGCCCCGCCGCCGCCGUCCAUGCCGGACGCCUACCCGGCGGCGCCCGCUCUCAGCGACGUCCCGCCUGGCUUCCCGACUGACCCCCCGACCCCGCCGCUUCCGAGCAGCACCGUCGGCGCCGCCGUCGACGAGGAGUUCUUGCUGCAGAGGCGCACUCCGCCGCUGCUGUCCGCGCCGCCCACCCCACUCGCGCCUCCCCCCGCCGCCGCCGGUCAGGUUGGCGACGGCGGCGCGCCCAUUGACGCGGCUGCGGCGCCAAAGAAGGCGAUCAAGACGAAGAAGGCCGCCGGCAAGCGCGAGCGCGAGGAACCGGCCGCUGAUGCCUCUGGCACAGCCGCCGCCGACGCCGACGCCGGCGGCGAACCUAAGAAGAAGAAGAAGAAGAAAAAGCUCGCCGAGCUCAACGGCGUGGCCGCUCCCUCUGGCGGCGCCGGCGGCAAGCCGGGGUUAUUGCCUGCUAAGGUAGAUCACAACGGAGUUGACCUGAAGCAGGUAAUAGCCGACCUUCAAAACCUUCCUCUCGUUGCCUCCUAUGUCGCCGGCCGCCGCAGCAUCUCUGACGAAGCUCGCUCCUUCCUCCUCGCGUUCCGCUCAAAAUGCUACAAGAAGAGCCAUGAGAACGACCCGCCUGAGGAGAACAAGGGCUCCGAUGCUAAGCCCAAUGCCGCCACCGACGGCAAGCAGCAGCCGCCGGCGGCCAAGAAGAAGCCGGCCACCAGGCCUGCCGACCCCGCCGCCAAGGCCACCGGCGUCAAGCGCGGGCCGUCUGACCGCCAGGAGGAGCUUGCCAUCAAGAAGAAAGCCAAGCUCAACAAGAUCAGGACGCUGGCCACCGACAAGAAGGCCGCCGGUCUGGACGCCGCCGCGCCGUCGGCAACCGCGGUGGCCGCGACGCCGGCGGCGGCGCAGCUGCGCGCCGGCGUGGAGAGGAAGAAUGGCGCGAUUGCUGCUGCCAGGAAGAAGGAGAAGGAGCCGGCUCCGGCGAUGAGGACGCCGUCGCCGAUGGCGCUGAUGAUGAAGUUCCCGGCGAAAACGACGCUGCCGUCGGUGGCCUCCCUCAAGGCGAGGUUCGCGCGCUUCGGGCCGCUCGACGUCGACGGCAUCCGCGUCUACUGGAAGUCGCACAUGUGCCGCGUCAUCUACAGGUUCAAGUCCGACGCCGAGGCCGCCAUCAAGUACGCGCGCACCAACGCCAUGUUCGGCCCCGUGAUGCCCGUGUACUACCUCCGCGGCGUCGAGUCGUCCGGCGCCGACCCGGCCGACGCAGCGCCGCCGCCGCCGCCGCAGCAGCAGCAGCAGCGCUCCGAGCUCCGCCUCAUGGAGACGGCUCCGUUCAGGCCCGGGAGCUCCGGCGGCAACGGCGCGCCUCUGCCGCUGUCCCGGGCCGUGCCGGCGCGCGCGGUGGUGGGGCAGCCCAAGUCGAUCCUGAAGAAGACCACCGACGACGCCGCGCCGUCGGCGGCGCUCCGCGAUGCCCCGCGGGUGAAGUUCAUGCUCGACGCCGGGGACAGCAAGCUCGAACUGCCACCCGCAGCGCCGGCGAGCGGCGGCGGCGGCGGCGGUGUCGACGCCCCACCACCGCUCAGCAAGAGCGCCACCAAGUCGGUCGGCUUCGCGCCACAGCCCCUCCAGCCGCCGGCGCGCCCGGCCCAGCACCCCCACCUGCAGCCGCCGGCGCGCCCGGCGCUGCAGCCUCCGCGCCCACCGGUGGCACAGCCACACCCCCCACCGCCGCCUGUCCAUCAGCACCAGCCAUACCAACCUCGCCACACCGACGCGCCACCGCCGUUCUCCGUGCAGCCACAGCUUCCUCCACCGCCGCCAUACCACCCCCGUCACAGCGACGGCAUGCACCACCAGCUCCCCGGCCCGCCGCCGCUGCCGCUGCCGCCGUACCAGCUCCGCACCGGCGGCUUCCCCGGACAGCAGCAGCAGACGUACCGGCCCGGCAACGGCGACGACAUGCCGGCGUGGAAGAGGGGAGGGAGAGAGUUCGACGAGGAGCUGAUGAGGGUGAUGCUCGGCAUCGCCAAGCUGGUGGAGCCAUUGACGGACAAGAACGGCAACUUCCCCUACCACCUCUUCAGCUCAGCUUGAGCAGGGCAGUGUCUCUCACAGACAGCUGGGCCCCACCGUCAGUGGCAGUAGCUGGAUUUGUAGUUGUUCCUCUAUUAUUUGUAGUAAUAGUACUAGUUGCUCUUGACUUUUGCCAAGAAGAAAAAAAAGGAAAAAAGGAUUUU